GUACCGCUCCCUGUCAGUCCGCCUCGCAGAGCUGCGGUUCAGCUCUUCUACAGUCUGUUGGCGAACAUGAGCGACAAAGGUCUGUCGGACGAGGCAGCGGCAUCGGCUUGCAAAGAUGGAGACCCGAUUACCAAGGAUUUCAUGAUGCAGCAGACCAUGCUGCGGGUUAAGGAUCCAGUCAAAUCCUUGGAUUUCUACACUAGAAUCCUCGGCAUGACGCUCAUGCAGAAGUUUGACUUCCCCUCCAUGCGGUUCUCACUAUAUUUCCUGGGCUACGAGGACAAGAAGGAGAUUCCAACAGAUGUGAAGGAGAAGACGGCCUGGACCUUCUCCAGAAGAGCCACCAUUGAGCUGACGCAUAACUGGGGCUCUGAGGCUGAUGAGAGCCAGUCUUAUCACAAUGGAAACUCAGAUCCACGUGGAUUUGGACACAUUGGGAUCGCCGUUCCUGACGUCUAUGCAGCCUGCAAACUGUUUGAGGAGCAAGGAGUCACUUUUGUCAAGAAGCCAGAAGAUGGUAAGAUGAAAGGCCUGGCCUUCAUUCAGGACCCUGAUGGCUACUGGAUUGAGAUCCUGAGUCCGAAUAAUAUGGUGUCCAUUACCUCCUAAAAGCUCUGCCGACGUGCCACCCGCUGCGGUGUGACCAGGCCCGACCUGCUGUGGCUUCAGCAAGCAGGUCGUCUGGGUUCAAGGAAGAAUUUAGCAACGCGUGCCAGAGCGCUGAGGGUGUGGGGUGGGGUGGGGUGGGUGAUGGAGCAGGUUCGCUUUGCACAACGGCGUCGGUGUGCCCUGUCACGGGCCGGACACUUGAUCAAAUAGAUAAGAGCUACCCGAGUUAAUUCCUCUGGACAGACACGGCUUUGUGUAGUCGUGGGGUUCGUCUACCAUCGGCUGUUUGUUUGUGUCUUCAAAGUGAUGUGGAAAUAAAUGCAGGUAUUACUGUAUAAUAAAAGUCACCGUUUAAACAAAAAUG